GUCAGGCCUUUUGAAUGUCAGGCUGAUGUUUUACGCUAAAACCGUAUCGGCCUUAAACCGGACCGGGACACGGUUAGCCGUACCAGUCCGGUCCACCGUCACCUCGGCCUCGACACAAACACAGCGUCGGUGCCGCAGCGGCGCCGAACAUGAGCCGCGGUGGACGGAGCAGCGGCGGGGAGGAGGAGCCUCUUUUUCCGCCGUGGACUUUGACCAGACCCGGGAGGCUUACAAGAGUAAAAACUCUGCAGAGCUGCUCAGAAGUUUGGUGGUUCUCAAACUCUGCUCUUAUGACUUCGUGGUUGAUAAGAACGAAGAGAUAAUGGCUUUAGGUCAGAAGAUCCUGGGUCAGGAUGCCUUUGAGCAAGUUAUGAAGAUGACCUUUUAUGGCCAGUUUGUGGCUGGAGAGAACCACCACACCAUCAAGCCGUUGAUCCAGAAGAACCAAGCGUUUGGUGUUGGUGCUGUCCUAGACUACAGUGUAGAGGAAGACAUCAGCCAGGAGAAGCCUGAGCACAUAGCAAAGGACUCGUGCAUAUCAUUUGCAGGCAAAGGGGGCAUAGGCUUGGAUCGUGUAGAGAAAAAUUACAAAGCACCCAAUCAAUUUCAAGAGCACUCCGGGGGAGAGAGGGGAGCCUGCACAUAUUUUUAUGCUGAUGAAGCCAAGUGUGACCAGCAUAUGGAAGUCUUCCUUAAAUGUAUCAAAGCAUCUGGUGCAAGCUCAAAGAACAGCUUCUCUGCAGUCAAAAUGUCUGCCUUGGGACGACCUCAGUUUUUAGUUCAGUUAUCUGAGGUCCUGGUUAAAUGGCGCAGAUUUUUUGCCUUCCUGGCAUUACAGCAGGAUAAAAGUGGCUUGGAGGUCUUAAAACAAAGGCUGGACCUCAAACACCUGCAGGAGUGCUUGACUAGACUGGGUGCAAAGGGAGACUACUAUGGGUGGUUUACCAACAGGAAAGAAGAGUCCACAGAAACCAUUGACGUGCUUGACUGGAACAGCCUAAUAGAUGACAGAACAAAUGCGUCAGAACUCCUAGUCAUCCCAGAUGUAGAGAAAGGUCAGCUGGUGCCUCUACUGGAGAAAUUCACAAUGGAGGAGGAAAAGCAAAUGAACAACAUACUGCAGCGCAUUGACAUCUUGGCAAAGUACGCAAUUGAGAAUGGCGUUUGUUUGAUGGUGGAUGCAGAGCAAACGUACUUCCAGCCAGCUAUCAGCAGACUGACAAUGGAGAUGCAGAGGAUCCACAACAGAAAAAACCCUGUCAUUUUCAACACCUUCCAGUGUUACCUCAAGGAGGCCUACGACAGUGUAACAAUGGAUGUAGAAUUGUCUCGACGUGAAGCCUGGCACUUUGCUGCCAAGCUGGUGCGUGGGGCCUACAUGCAUCAGGAGCGAAAGAGAGCCAGAGUCAUUGGCUAUGAAGACCCUAUUAACUCAGACUACGAGUCCACAAACAGAAUGUACCACAGGUGUCUGGAUUUUGUGCUAGAUGAAAUCGUGCUCCGUAAGAAUGCCAGUGUCAUGGUGGCUUCACAUAAUGAGGACACAGUGAAAUACACCUUGAAGAGAAUGAAUGAGCUCGGUCCCUUAGCCACGGAGAACAGUGUGUACUUUGCUCAACUGCUUGGCAUGUGUGAUCACAUCAGCUUCCCGUUAGGUCAAGUAGGCCUCCCUGUCUAUAAAUACAUUCCCUACGGGCCAGUGAAUGAGGUGAUGCCCUACCUGUCUCGCAGAGCCCAGGAGAACCGUGGCUUCAUGAAGGGAGCUCAAAGGGAGAGACAGCUGCUGUGGAAGGAGCUGAUACGCAGAAUUGCCUCUGGGGAACUUCUCCACAGUCCAGUGUACUGAAAUCCCAGAGAAAAAAAAAAA